GCUGGUUAGUUGCCCCGGAGGCUCAGUUGGAGCAGUGUCACACAGGGAACAGAUGGUCAAUGGCUGGUCUGACGCGCUCUAUUGACUUUCUGACUCAGACACUGGGGGCCGGUCCACGCUGCGGUGGUGACACACUGUCCAGUGUUGUAGUCUGGGUGCAUUUAUUGAUUCCUGAGAGAGGUUUUGUACUGAUAGAGAAGCCUCACUGUCUGAUCUGAAGCCUGUGUUUUUAAACUGAGUGCAUGUGAGAGGGGAAAAGCUAGUUACGACGUGUGUUCCUGGCAAGCUGACGAAACAGAUUGAUCGCUCAGACGUGCAACAAAGAUGGCCUCCGUCGCUCCAUUCAGCCGCAGGCAGUGGGCGUCCCAGUCGCUCAGGGUCACCGCCAAGGAGAUGUCCAUCGUCUCCACCCGGGGGAAAAACAACGCCAUCGCAGAGCGCUUCUCCAAGUACCAGAUGGCCGCAGAGGAAGGCAACGCAGACAAGAAGAAAACGGUUGCAGAACCUCUGCCGUCCACAGUACGCAGCGGGAAUCUGAGUGUUUUAAAGAAACGCUGGGAGCAGCAGCAGCAGCAGUCGGGCCACAGAACCCAAUCUCAAACCACACCCUGCGACCCUGCUGACCCUGAGACCCACAUCAGUCAGUCAACAGGCCCCAAACCUGCACCCAACUCACAGCUCGUGCACCAGCACGACACCCUGAAAGCCACCGACCAGGAGCCAGAGACACAGGUUCACUCUGAGACCAGCUCCGACCCACCUGAGGGUCUGACCGACAUGGAGCCCAGCAGAGAUUCAGAGGGGCAGGAGGGAGCAGCAGCAGCUGAGGUACCCGAGUCCGAGAAGCCCAGUGUUCCCCUCAACAGCCUCAAGAUGAUGUUUGAGAAGGGAGAAAACCCGACCGACAAGGUGUCCAGAGAGCAACCCAGCAGAGGAACCAACGGUAACACUGCCAGCAUGGACCAACUUCUAGGAGAUGGAAGUCUUGCAGAGUCCACUCCUCUCCGGGACAGGAUGGCCCUCUACCAAGCUGCCAUCUCCAAACAAGAAGUCCCGCCCACCUCAGUCAGUAGUGAUCAGCUGGACACUUUCUGUGGGAAGCAGAAGGAGAACGUUCCUCCGUGCACUCUGGACAUGAGUCCAGAGUCUGAACCAAACGGCAGGAAAAGUUUUACCUCCGAGAGCAACGGCUCGGCUUCUGGCACCCCCGUGUCCUCCAAUCAGAGAGACUCUUCUCAGCCCAAGUCCUCCAAAAGCUUCCGGCUGCCUGUGAGGGAGACCUGUGUGUCCUGUCUGAAGACGGUUUAUCCUCUGGAGAGGCUGGUGGCCAACCAGCACGUCUACCACAGCUCCUGCUUCCGCUGCUCUCACUGCAACACCAAACUGAGUUUGGUGAACUACGCCUCCCUUCACAACAACGUCUACUGCAAGCCGCACUUCUGUCAGCUCUUCAAGGCCAAAGGAAACUACGACGAGGGCUUCGGCCACCGGCCCCACAAAGAGCUGUGGGAGAGCAAAGGGGACAGCGGCGGUGAGACCUCGCCGCAGUCCAACACUCAGACCGGGCCGAAGAUCCAGAGCCCGGUCUCAGACCUGGACAGCCCCAGCGUGGAGGACUCCCCGCUGGCCAAGGUCAACGUGCUGACCGCCACUAUGGAGGCUCUGGGUCAGGGAUCGGCAGAGAAGUCCGACAGACCCACCGAGACCCGCAGGCUGAAGAUCUCCUGGCCGCCACGAACGGAGCUGGAGGACGGGACCGGCCGCAGUGGCGCCACAACAACCCCAGACGGGGGCUCCGCCAGCAAGCCCGUCCGACCCAAGUGGCCCCCAGAGGAGGACUCCCCUUCCUCGGCCCCAGAGCAGGCCAGAGAGAUGCCCUGCCUGCGCCGGAGCUCCUCCCUGAAGGAGCGCAGCAUGCCCUUCACACUGGCUGCCAACUCCCCCGCCCCCGAGGCCAGAAGACAGAGUCCGCCUCCCCCCGCGGAGGACCGGCAGCUCAGCCCUGAACCCUCCGGCAUGGAGCUGCAGCACGGCGGCCAGACCCCCACUGAGGACGUUCACACAAGCUCAGGAGAGGAGGAGCAGGAGGGGGAGAUGAGUGAAAACAUGCCGGACCAUCGCCUCACCAAUGAGGACAAAGACAACACUCCAGAGGAAGAGGAAGAGGAGGAGGAUGAGAAGAUGGAGGAGGAGAUGGACGGAGGUGUGUUGGAGGAAGAGAUGAAACAGCAGGAGGUGCCAACAGACAUCUCGUCUCCUGAGGGAGAGGUGGAGGCCAGCCGCUCCUCUCAGGAUGUGGGCUUCUGGGACAGCGAGGAGGUGGAUGAUAAGGAGCAGCAGAAGCAGCAGCAGGAGGAGGAGGAGCAGGAGGCGCUGUCGGUGGAGGAGAUGAUCAAACGAAACCGCUACUACGAGGACGAAGAGGAGGAGGAGGAGGAGGGAUGUAUAAACUUCUCUCGGCCAACGACGACCGCCACGGACACUUUAGACUUUCUUGCCAUUCCUUCUUCUCCUUCUUUAGACGUCUUCCUCCUCUUCCUCUCUUCCUAAAAGAGUUGCUUCAGUGUCUCAUGUGAACUCUACUGAACUCUUUAUUUGUGCCUCUUCAAACACUUUCUGAACCCUUUUUUUUAAACCAUUUCCUUACGAGACUGUUUUUAAAUGUACAAUAUUUAAAAUACGCCCCCCCCCCCCCGUAAUCAAUAUUUUUAAAGCAGAAAUGUCAGAAGGUUGUGACACACAGAGGAUCGGUUUAUUUUUGUGUACAUGACUUUUGUAAUUUUCUAUUUUUCAUUGAACGCCUCCGAAUCUGGGAAAUGCAUCGUCCUGUUGUACAAUUAUACAAAAUGGCCUCUUUAAUUAAUGUUUAAUAGGAAAGUUUAAAAGAAGACACUUUUAGAAAAGACGGCACUUUGAUCUGUUACCUUUCUUCUCUUUUUAAAUAACAGGUUUUUGGUUUAAGUCACUUUUUAUUUUUAAGUUGCCAUUCUGUAUGUACAUGUUAAACUUCAAAAAAAAAAAAAACACUUGUUUUGUUUUUCCAAUUUCAAGAGUAAAAACUGGAUCUGAAACUGUUUUUAAACCAGGGGACCAAAUAUCCGAUUGCUACUGUUUAAAUAAAUUGUUAUAUACAAAA